AUGAGAACACCUAGUAAUGAUGAAAGUGGUUUGAAGAAAGGACCUUGGAGCCCAGAAGAGGACAAAAUAUUAGUGGAUUACAUUGAGAAACACGGCCAUGGGAGUUGGAGAGCUCUUCCAAAGCUUGCAGGAUUGAACAGGUGUGGAAAGAGUUGCAGGCUAAGGUGGACUAAUUAUCUGAGGCCUGAUAUCAAACGAGGAAAAUUCUCUGAUGAAGAAGAGCAACUUGUCAUCAAUUUGCAUGCAGUUCUUGGAAAUAAGUGGGCAGCUAUAGCAGCUCAUUUACCAGGGAGGACUGAUAAUGAAAUUAAGAAUUUAUGGAACACACAUUUAAAGAAGAAGCUUCUGCAAAUGGGGUUAGACCCAAUGACCCACCGUCCAAGAUCAGAUCACCUAAACCUUCUUAGCAAUCUACAACAGAUAUUGGCUGCUGCAAACAUUGUCAACAGUUUCACAACAAACCCUUGUGACAUAAAUGCUUUAAGGUUACACUAUUACUCACUGCCAAACGGUUUGGUAAAUGAUGUUUUAGGAUUGAGUCACUCUAACCUCCAAAACCUGCAGUAUAAUGGUUCAACAGGAUUCUCUUCUCAAAUUCAACCCAAUUUCCAAAACUUUGAAGCCCCUCAGCAGCCAGAAGGAAGGUAUCAACAGUUGAAUGGAGGCAGAAAUAGUAGUUGCAGGGAAUCACAAAAGAUUGAUGAAAAACAUGGUUCAACAAAUGCUGCUCCCACGCCAUCAAAUUCGCUUCCAACACUGGUUUCAGCCUCACCUGAACGAGAAGAAAACAUGGUAAACCCAAAGGAAUGCUCUUACCCUUCUUCCUCCACCUUUGAAACGUGGGAAGAUUUCAUGGAUGAGGAAGCAAGUGAUGCUUAUUGGAAAGAUUUCAUAGAGUAA